GAAUGCAAUAUAUAUCUUCUUAGCACGUCUGUUGCCUGUGUCUCGGUUUUACAGUCACCCGUCCCUCGAAGACCAUUCUUCGAUUCCUGUAGAAAGGAGGCGUAAAGAAAACUCUACACAAUGUCUGAGAAGCGACUGUCGAGCAGCAAGAAACACAGCCUGAAGAGCAUGAUGCUCCAGGUUGCAAAAGAUUUACUGGAAGCUGAGGCUGUUGAGAAGAAGGAGGAGAGGAAGAGAUACAUGGAAGAACAUUGUCCUGCAUUUUCAUGCCCAAGCUCCAAACAGGAACUAGAGGAGUUCUGCAGAAAAUUACAUGAAAAAAUCGAAGUGAUUGAUGAGGAAAGAUAUGUUCUCGAGCACAAAGCCACUAUGGUUGUCAAUGAGGUCAAAGACUUAAACAUCAAGAUUGUCGACCUGAAGGGCAAGUUCAAGAAGCCUCCUUUGAAGAAAGUGCGCAUGUCUGCUGACGCUAUGCUUCAGGCUCUGCUGGGCUCCAAACACAAGGUCUCCAUGGAUCUGAGGGCCAACCUCAAACAAGUCAAGAAGGAGGUCAAAGAGGAGAAUAAAGAUUUGCGUGAUGUUGGUGACUGGCGAAAGAAUAUUGAGGACAAAACUGGCAUGGGCGGCAGGAAGAAGAUGUUUGAAUCUGAAGCUUAAAUCAUAAGGAAACAUUUCACCCAGUAGUGAUAUUUCUGUCAUCAUUUACUCACUUGUUCCAAACCUGUAUGAUUUUGUUUCUUUAUUAAACACUAAAGACAACCUACUUCCAUAAAAAGAACAACCUACUUCCAUAGAAUAAAAAUAAUACUAUGAAGAUCCUUGGUUACUAAAUACUUUUUGUUCUUGCUCUUUUGUGUGUGUAGUUGGAAGUGAAGUUUACUUAUAAACUAAUUUCAAGAGGAUCAUGAUUGACCACAGCUGGUCCCGCGUUAGCCAUUAUAUGAUUUACCAAUCAGACAAACCCAAACGCACAUAAAUAACCAGAUUUCCUUACCUUGGUCAUGUUUACCUUGAAGAAUCCCACUCCACCCCUACUCCUCACCCUCUUUCCUAGAGUAAUCCAGAACAGGGUGGCACGGCAGUUCAGUGGUUAGCACUGUCACCUAACAGCAUGAAGAUUGCUGGUUCGAGUCCCAGCUGGGCCAGUUGGUGUUUCUGUGAGAAGUUUACAUGUUCUGCCCGUACUCGCGUGGGCUUCCUUCGGGUUCUUCGUUUUCCUCCCACGGUCCAAAGACAUGCAGUAUAAGUGAAUUGAAUAAACCAGAUUGGCACAGUAUAUGAGUGUUUUAGUACUGGGCAUUCAACACAUAACAAUAUGCUGGUACAGUUGGUGGUUCAUUUCACUAUGGUAAUCCCUAAUAAUCAAGAAAUAGGUCGAGUGAACAAAUUCGAGGGAGCUCUCCAGAACUAUCUGAGCUCAGACUCCCCUCUCUCACGAUGAAAUGGGAGGGAGCCCAAGGCUUGAGGAUCUUCUGAGUUCAGGGCUCUCUCCAAGGACAGCAUGCCAAACACGCUUUAUUUUCAAUCACCAGCUAAGAGUGAACUCCGCUGAUAAAGAUGAAACAAAAACAUACAGGUUUUGAACAACUUGAGAUUGAGGGCCUACUCACACUAUGCUAUCCGUACCGUGCCCAGGCCCGUUUCCCGGAUCGUUUGAGAAGUGUGAGUGCGCUGAAUGAGGCUCAUGCACGAUUCACUUGGCUGGUCCUGGCCCAGUUGGAAGAGUUGUGCCAGAGCACGGUUCACUUGGGCUUUGGCGCGGGACGCUUGUGUGUGAGUGCAAAAUGCACCAAAGCCCGAAACUAAAAGCUAGACGUGACGUUUAAGGGACUGUUUCAUAUGGAUUUAUUUAUCAUUCUUACUGUUCAGUGAACGCAAACUGCUGUAGUUUAUUAAAUACGCAAACCCCUCACUGCACGACAGCUGCGCACCUUCAGCAAACCUCCUAAUUCCUGCAGCAAGAGGGCUUUAUGAUUGUUUAUGAGCGUCAAAAGUGCCUCAUCUGUCCGGCGAAAUAUCUGACUGCGUGUCACCGCAUCCCUAAGGACAAAAGCGGUAUAACUAGAGAAAUCUCCACUGUGCUGAGCGUGAGUGCUUACUGAACAGCGCAGCAUCGAUGAUGUAACGUGCCCUGGCCUGAUUGUAAUGUGAGUGCAGGCCAUCGGGGGAGAUAGGAGGGGGGACAAGUGUGCUUUGGCCCGGUACGAGGCAACUGUACAUAGUGUGGGUACACCCCAAAUAAAUGAUGACAGAGUUUUCACUUUGAUCGUUCUGCAGAAAAUGGACAGUUUAAUUUACAAUCAGUAAAACUGAAAGGUUCAGAAUGAAAGGUUCAGUAUGUAUUUCUCAAUAGAUUGACUGUUUGUCAAAAGUGCCUUUUCUAAAUAAACAACUGUAAGCUGC